GGAGGCCGCGGGCGGGAGGGGGAUGCGGGAUUCCGGUGACUGGGAACCAAAAUGGGGAAUCUCUUCGCCCGAAAAAGACGUAGUCGGGUCACCGAGCAAGACAAAGCUGUCCUGCAACUAAAGCAACAAAGAGACAAGCUGAAGCAGUACCAAAAGAAGAUCACACUACAGCUGCAACAUGAGAGGGAGUUGGCCAAGCAGUUACUACAUGAUGGCAAAAAAGAGAAAGCCAAAUUAUUGCUAAAGAAAAAAAGAUACCAGGAACAGCUUCUGGAGAAAACAGAUAACCAGAUCAGCAACCUGGAGAAAAUGGUUGAAGACAUAGAGUUUGCCCAAAUUGAAAUGAAAGUGAUUGAAGGAUUGAAAGUGGGCAAUGAGUGCUUGAAGAAAAUGCAUGAGGUUAUGUCUAUUGAAGAAGUAGAGAGGAUCAUGGAUGAGACACAAGAGGGCAUUGAAUAUCAGAGGCAAAUUGAUGAGAUGCUUUCAGGAAGCCUGACUGCUGAAGAUGAAGAGGCAAUUCUAGAAGAACUAGAAGCUAUCACUCAGGAAGAUCUGGAGCUUCCUGAGGCCCCUUCAGAGCCUCUUCCAGACACUAUACCAGAGAAACAAGCUGUCAAAAACAAGCCCAAACCACAGAUGAUUGCUUCGUCUUAACUGUGUGCACCAUGACAAAUAAACCUCAAGUAUUCAAGGUAAAGGUGUCAAGCAGAAAAAAGGAGAAUAACCACUUUACCAUCCCUCCAGUGCAAGGCAUAAAGGCAAAGUCUGAAGGACUACAGAAACAGAAGUUAUUCCAAACACUGGGCAUCUGGACUAUAUUUUUUGGGACCUCUGUAAUAUUCUCCUGCAGCAGAGGAUUCUCUGGAUUUUAUGAUUAAUUAGUAACCAAUUUUCUAGCAUAAUUAAAAAUAGCUGAGGGUUUUUUUUUUUUAAUGCAACUGGUAUUACAACUUUUUUUAAAGGACUGUUCUCCAUGGCAGAAGGAGAUAUAAAAAAAAUGAAAUAAACAUUAUGGGGCUGAA